AUGUUCUCAUUGAAUUCUAUAAACACUCAAAAUCAGAUUUUAGUUAGUUUUAGUCAAAUAUCGAGCCGCUACUCGAGUGUAUUCAAACAAAGAAGGCAGAAUGAUGUUAAAAAUAAAAAUGUGAGUGGUAAAGAGAGUUCCAGCGCGGCAUACGAUGUGACGAUCUGCCGUGAAAGUUUCCAAGAGUGUUUGAAGAAUUUAGAUAAAAAUGCUUUAGCAGAAAUGCGUUCGGUGGACGUCCGGUCGGUUGUUUCGUUGGCCGGUCUGUCCAGAAGGCCUCUCAGUCAAUUGGGCGGCUUGUCUUCAUGUAGGAAAAUAUCAUACGUGUCUUCCGACUCUUUCGAGAAGAACAAGAAUGGUUGGUCGGAACAGCCGACGAUGACUGUCGACCUGCGCGGAAAGAACACCAGAUUCAGCUUAUCAGACAACUUCCUAGGUGCCCUGUCACGCAGCUUGCAGCAAAAAACAUUCAACUAUAACAUACAAGUCCGAGGGUUCAAAACAGAACGAAGUGUCCAUGUAGACCUCAAACGAAAUCCAAACCUUAUAAACAGACUACGUAAGUUCUUCGGGCUGAACACAGCAGAGACUCCAGAUAAACAGUCAGUAAAUCUAGGGCCAGAUGUUGCGCCGCGGCUAGAAAAAUUGCUGAGCGAUGACGCUUCGCAUCUCACGCAUCAGCAGAAGGAUAAGAUCAAGAUUGCGUUUGCUGAGGGUUAUUUGGCAGGCUCGCACCCAGACAACUUGCGCGACAAGAAGCCAUAUAAGUACCUGAGGCUACUGCAGCAGUUGCUGACCAUUGUCCUAUUCCUCGCCAUCUUCGUGAGCCUAAUGGCCUCAGUCAGCGGCACAGUUUUCCGGAUCCAGCUCGGUAAUCAAGUGGAGGUGGAUCCGGAGGAUAUUUCUGUGACUUUCGACGAUGUCAAGGGUGCCGAUGAAGCCAAGCAGGAGCUUCAGGAUGUCGUGGAGUUCCUAAAGAACCCUGAGAAGUUUUCGUCACUGGGCGGCAAGUUGCCCAAAGGAGUGCUGCUGGUGGGUCCGCCGGGCACGGGCAAGACGCUGCUGGCGCGCGCGGUGGCGGGCGAGGCGCGCGUGCCGUUCUUCCACGCCGCCGGGCCCGAGUUCGACGAGGUGCUCGUCGGCCAGGGCGCGCGCCGCGUGCGGGACCUAUUCAAAGCGGCUAAAGAACGGGCCCCGUGCGUGAUCUUCAUCGACGAGAUAGACUCAGUCGGCGCCAAGAGAACCAACAGCGUAUUACAUCCUUACGCGAAUCAGACAAUAAACCAGCUGCUAUCGGAGAUGGAUGGUUUCCAUCAGAACGAGGGUGUGAUCGUGUUGGGCGCCACCAACCGCCGCGAUGACCUCGACCAGGCCUUGCUGCGACCAGGCCGGUUUGAUGUCGAGGUGUCGGUGCCGACGCCGGACUACUGGGGCCGGCGCGAGAUCCUGCAGCUGUACCUGGCGCGCGUGCGCGCGGCGCUGGACGUGGACGCGGACGCGCUCGCGCGACACACCACCGGCUUCACCGGCGCCGACCUCGAGAACAUGGUCAACCAGGCCGCGCUCAGAGCGGCAAUAGACGGCGCUAAAACGGUAACAAUGAAGUACCUGGAAGACGCGCGGGACAAGGUGCUGAUGGGUCCGGAGCGGAGGUCGCGCUUGCCCGACGAAGAGGCCAAUACCAUCACCGCUUACCACGAAGGAGGGCAUGCGAUCGUCGCCUAUUACACUAAGGACGCCCAUCCACUACACAAAGUGACAAUUAUCCCACGCGGCUCAUCAUUGGGACACACAGCUUACAUACCAGCCAAAGAAAGAUACCAUGUGACGAAACAGCAACUCCUGGCCAUGAUGGAUACGAUGAUGGGCGGGCGCGCAGCCGAGGAACUCAUCUUCGGCCCUGAAAAGAUCACGUCAGGUGCGUCUUCGGACCUGAAGCAGGCGACGUCGAUCGCGUGCCACAUGGUGCGCGAGUGGGGCAUGAGCGAGAAAGUGGGGCUCCGCGCCGUCGAGCCGCCGCGCAGCAGCCUCGCGCAGCAGGAACAGUUAGGACCCUGCACCAGCGAGCUGAUGGAUGGUGAGAUCAAGAGGCUGCUGUCGGACAGCUACGAACGUGCCAAGACUAUCCUGCGCACACAUGCUAAAGAACAUCGCGCGCUCGCUGACGCUUUACUCAAGUACGAGACACUGGAUGCGGAUGACAUCAAGGCCAUAAUGAAUGGGGACAAGUUAAAGCUAGAGCGCACGCGUACGAGCAAGGAGCCCGCGGGGCAGGGCGCGGGGCAAGGCGCCGGGCAGGGAGCGCCCGCGUCCGCGCCGCUGCUGCCGCCCCGGCCCGCGCCCGCCUAGCAUCCGGUAACACGUCUUGAUCACGCGUAAUUACAAAACUAAGUUAUAACAUAAUGGUCGAGGUGCGCUGAGCAAUACCUUCGAAACACGUACAAACAGUUGAUCAUCAAGUGUCUCUGAAAAUUUUGCAGGACGUCUCUAUGUUGCUAUAAAUGUAAUAAAAAUAAGUAAAAUCCACGUUAAACAUUAUGUUUAUUUGUAGUUAGGCUCGAAAUCAGAUUUUAAAUUUAAAGAAAGCGUGUGAUAUAAUCUGGUUGUUUAGGUGAUCCCAUGGCGUUAACUGUUGGCAUCAGAUUUUAACACAGUUAUAAAAUACUAUAAACUUUUACUUUGUCUGUGAUGAGCAUCAACUUCUGCCUUACUUUGCCUAUAACAUGCAAAUUAAAAAAAAAAUAAAGUCCAUAAAAUAUAAUUUUUGGACUGAAUUAAGUUUUAUGGGUCAUGAACAUAGUUAUUUUACAACUUACCAAACAAACUGCAACUUCAGCUAAACUAUUUGAUAUGGACUAUUUGAGCAGUAACAACCAAGUGGCAAAGUGUAACCGGCUGCUUGUGACUGUUGUUCAUUUGUUUUAUUUUUAAACAUCUACAAGGGCAGAAUUCUUAUUUGUGUUAGAUACUUUCUCUCAGACAUCACAAAUUUCAGUACUUGCCUUGUGUAAACUGGAAAUUAUCAGUGUCAGUAACUAACCUUAGUAAAUCCGCCUCAUUGCUAAUUAUUGUGGUAUUAACCAGUACUAACACUAAGAUAGGGGCAAGUCCAUACUUAAACACAGGGAAGUCUGAACCUAGGGCAAAAAACUGAGUUAAUGUUACUUUAACAUUUAGCCCUGCCUAUGUUAAGAUGCACCUCAAAAUAUUUUGUCUGAAUCCCUACACAUUUUACUGCCAAUAGUAUACCUUGCAUUAAGGACUGAAGAUUAAUAACAUUUUAUGUUAAAGAAUUUAUUUUAUCCCAUAGACAAUUUAGUUUUAAUGCACUUAAAUAUAUGAAAUCUGUUAUAUAUAGGUCGAGACCGCUUGCAAUCUUAUAGUUAUAAAAGGUUUAUGACUUGAAAGAAACGAAACAAGAUAAAUUAUAAUGUUCGGUUUAUAAACAUUAACACAAAUCAUGCAAUUAUGGCAUAAAAUAUAUUAAAGACUAGAUAAAUGUUUUUUUCUAAACAAACUGAAAAUAUACUUUUAUGUCCAGACAUAAAACCAUAAUUAAUAGUAAUUUUUAGUAACUACCAUUACAUACAUAUACAUCGUCUUGUUGAUUGGAGCCUAAAACACGGAUAGUUGAUUGCAUAUUUUAGUUCAUAAGGUAAAAAUAGUUUAUAGGUACGGUUGUUGCAAGCGAUUCCGACUAACUUUAAAACAAAUAUUUUUUACUAUUUCAUAGUAAACGGUCUUAUUAUUUCGGAACGAAUAGUGGGCCAACAUCCUAGGAGCCGAAUAUAGAAGUAUAUUUUAAUCGAUAAUAGAACUUUAUUGUAAAAUAGCGUCAAAUAAAAUGUUGAUUUGA